AUGAGGGAAGUAUUGUCCUCACUCCGCAGCCGCCGCAGAGGAGACACUCUGGAUAAGGCGGGCAGGUUGUCGCCCGAAAUGUACCCGACCCGACAGUACAGCGCGUCUGUGUGUCCUCCGUCAGACUCAUUAGGGCUGAUGUCCACGUCAGGAUUGGGGGUACAAACCCAAAAAUGUAUCGCGCUCAGCUGGGGAAGAAGGAAUCAAAAUCGGGACGUGUGUGGAGGUGACGGCGGCGCUCCGUCUGUAACACGAGAAGACACGUUUUUACAACGAGCGGCCACAAAAAGUGGGGGCGGCGCGCCCGAUACAACAAACCGUAAACGCCAACGAGGCGGCGCGGGCGGCCAUCUGCGUCGCAGCCGCACCACCGCACCACCUCAUCCAUCACUGUCCCCACACUCGCAGCCAACACUUACCUGGCCAGCGCAGGAAGCGGCACCGGCCCUGGCAGGCUCCUGGCAGAAUCGCUGCGUAAGUAAGGUCGGAGUGGCGGCAGUAGGGAGCGCGACGAGGCCACAUGUGCCGCUAACGAGCCCCGCUUCCGCGCGCCACGUGUGCGCUGCGCUUCCUGGUCGCGGCCUCACUCACUGCAGCGCCUGCAAAAAAGCCUGUAACCGCAACUUAACGUUCAUUAGGGUCAGAGAUUGUGCUCAGCUAUUUAUAAAGGAAGGUAUACAUCGCAAUACCUCUUGCAUCGCGCGACAACGACUCCGACCUGCCAGGGUUGCUACACCGCACGUCAUGGCCCUGCACGUCGUACAGAGCGCGCACGCACACACGCAAGCCACGUGUCUCACUAGUCCACACGCGCAGUGUCCGGACGCCGGCACUAGCAAUGUCUCAGCACUGGGUCACUACGCGGCACUGAGCCCGCGGGGGCGCGCUCGCUGCUGCCUCAGAACCAGUACAGGUCCUUGGACGUGUCCUGCACCUGCGCCUCCAGACCUGCACACACAAGCACCGCCCUCAGCACUCGCCAUCCAACACCCUCCAAUACUCACUGAAGCUGCGCUAGCCGAGCGGUUACUACUUUCUGCCGAUACCUACUCUACUCAGCUUGUAGCUACACAGCUACAGUACAGGCUGCAGGCUAGAAGGCUGCGGUGGCGAAUUGAUGUAAUACAUGUCGUCAUGCUCGAGCUGGGCACUGAGCUACUGAGCUGCUGGAUAAUUGACAUGGCGCGUGAUUUAGUGGGGCAGGGCCAUGGGGGCUGCGGGGGCUGCGGAGGCGCGGGGCGCGGCGGUCAGCGCACCCUCAUUGGCGGCGCGACUCCGCCCCGCGCCGGCCACCGCGCCACCAUCGAUCUACGGCCCGCCGGCCACUACACUACCUACACUGCACUACUCCAGUUGAACCAGCAAAACAUUAUCAGUCAAGCGGACGGGUGCGAUCAUGAAGACAAUAGGGGCGCGGCGGGGGCGCAGGCGGGGCGCGGGGCGCGGGGGGGCUCGAUCGCGACUCAAGAAUUUAAUUUGGUCGCGGAGAGGGGCCGGCUCCGCGCGCCGCGCAAAUUAAUUUUAAUCGUCGUCAUUAGGGAGCAAGCCGGCCCUGCGCCCCCGCGCCCCCGCCCCCGCCAUUAUGGACGCUAG